GUUCAUCAGGAAUCAGGUUUCUCACAAACAGUCUUUGGUCCUCAGUUUUUCCGGUCAGAUUGGAAGGGUUUUCCCGCUCACGGUCCUUUUGAUUGCUGCCGCUGCAGCGCCGCUCAUGAAACGCAUCCCAGCGCUGCCGCCCGGCAGGAGCGACACCACGCUCACCGCGAUAACGGCGACCUGCAGCGCGGCACCCAGCGCGGUGAGCGCGGUGCUGUGGAGGCUCAGUGCCGCGUACAGAGUGCCGCCCAGCGAGCACAGGUAGGCGGCGAACGCUGGGGAGGAGCGCAGACUUGCGAACAACCUGCUGGGGCCGCGCAGCACCGCCGCUGCCGCGAUGGCGAACAGCGACCCGAGCGACCAGAGUAAAGCGAACUUCCGGGCGUAAAGCAGCAGCAGCGGCGCGUAGAGCGCGGAGAGCGCAAAGCAGAGCGCGGAGAGCGCGGCAAACAGCGCGGCGCCGACCAGCCUCUGGCCACGCGUCAGACCCGGCAGACAGGCGUCCGGCUCCGGGGACCAGGGCCAGGAAAACCCGCUGCUGGAGCUUGAGUUGGAGCUUAGGCCCGACGGACUGCUAGACCACGGGCUGGACCACCGGCCGAACCAGCUCCCUGAGACCGGCUCCGGGUCCUCCGGCAGCUCCACCGCGGUGCUGCUCCGCGCUCCGCCGCCUUUAGACUCCUUACUUUGGGACAGAUACUCCUGCAGCUGCCGGUUCAGGUCCGCCAUGACGGAGGAGCUAACAGGCUAACGGCUAACAGGAAGACGUUCUUCUUCUUUCAGUUUAAUGCGUGUGGUAUCCACCCUAAAGGAGCAUAACCGCCACCUGUCUGACAUCACGUAUCAGCAAAUGUAAUCUCCAAGGUAAAUGGAGAAGGGUGUGUUUGCAGAGUCCCUGCGGUCCUGAUGGGGAGCUCAUCCAUCAUGAGGAGCCAGGAUUCAAACAGACGGGUUUUUGAGUGGUACCUGGGCCAAAACCAGAUACCAAAUCACAUUCUAAAUCCCUCACAAUACAAGGAAAAAAAAUGGCGGUGUCUCAGAUCACACCCACACUCUUCCUGGGGGGGGCGGAGGCGGCCCUGAACACAUCGCUGCUGUCGCAGAAAGGCAUCACACUGAUCGUAAAUGCCACGCUGAGCCACGCUGGCCCCGCCCUCAAGGGGGUGGAGUUUGUUCGAGUCCCGGUGCCAGACCUGCCCGGUGCCCGCCUCGGGGAUCACUUCGACCGCGUGGCGGAGCGCAUCCACGGCAACCGUGGGGGGAGCACGCUGGUGCACUGCGUGGUGGGGAUGAGCCGGUCGCCGGCGCUGGUGAUGGCCUACCUGAUGCGUUACCGCGCUGUGACGCUGCGGCAGGCGCACCACUGGGUGCAGGAUCAGCGGCCCUGUGUCCGGCUCAACGCCGGCUUCUGGGAGCAGCUUCUGCAGUACGAGCGCCGGCUGUACGGGAAGAACACCGUCAGGGUGGCGCCGGAAACUCCGCCGCUCACCCCGAGGUCGUCGAGGUCGGUGCCGCAGACAAACCACCUUGCGCUCGUCCCCCGGUCGCUCCUGAUGACCCGGACACCCCCCUUAACACCGACAAACAGGAGGAGAAGAGGAGCCAAACCUAGCAGCAGAGUCUGAAAAUCUAAACCAGAGGCCGGUCCACGGACGGGAAGACAACCUCCAGCUGUUUCAGUCUGUCAUGUUCCUGCAGCGUCUCUGACCUGCUCUCUUUAUAUUAAAGUGAAGACAUUAAACACAUCACCCUCUGACCCUCUGGGACAUACAUUUCAAAUAUGUCGUGACUUUUUUCCACCAAAACAUGAGUCGAUAAUCGAUGGUUGUAGACCUAGUAUAAAACUACAUUACCCACAAUGCACGACUGACUCGGUGGGGACCUGCAACCAGAGGUAUUGUUUGGAUAAAUUGGAAAACCCACUGAUGAGGGCCUCUUUAAUGCGUGGGGUAAAGUCAGAUGCUGGAGAGACAGGUCGAGAAUAAGACCCUCCUCAUCAAAGACUUCCUGGUUCUUCUCAGAUCUGAAGGCCCGAUCCGAUGUCCUCUGAAGGAAAACGCUGACCAGAAGAAACCCAGUGAAAAGCAAAGAGCUUCAGCCUUUAUUUUA